AAGAAUUUUCUGCAUUUAGGCACUUGCAAUGGAGAAAAAUGAGUGCAGGGUAUGUGUUACAGGAGGUGCUGGUUACAUCGCCUCUGAGCUGAUCAGGAAGCUUUUAGAUGAAGGAUACACCGUCCAUGCAACAUUGAGGAACUUGGGUGAUGCAUCGAAGGUUGAUAUCUUGAAGAGCCUUCCGAAUGCAAAUUCAAGAUUACUGUUGUUUCAAGCUAAUAUAUAUAAUCCAACUGAGUUUCAGCAUGCCAUCAAUGGCUGUCAAUAUGUCUUCCACCUUGCUUCUCCCUUGCAGCACACCGAAGGCUACCAGUUCAAGAAUACUACUGAGGCUGCAGUUGCCACAGCAAAGACCAUAGCAAUGUCAUGUGUUAGAUCAGGUGUGAGACGAUUGAUCUACGCUGCUUCUAUUGUUUCUGCUUCACCAUUGAAAGAUGAUGGAAGUGGUUACAAAGAUUCCAUGGAUGAAACUUGCUGGACUCCUCUAAGUCUUUCAGCCAAUUUCUCUGACGAUCAUCUCGCAGCUUACAGAGAUUCCAAGACACUGUCAGAGAAAGAAAUACUGAGCUAUGGAAGUAGUAUUGAGGAAGGCAGAGGAUUAGAGGUGGUUACUCUUGGAAUUGGGUUGGUGGGAGGAGAUAACACCCUCCUAUCUUAUACACCAGGAAGUGUGGCCUUGUUUAUUUCACAUCUUGUAGACAAGGUUUAUGGUCCUCAUGGAUACAAGGCUCUAAAAUAUUUAGAAGAGUUGGGGGGGAAAAUCCCAAUUGUGCAUGUCAAUGAUGUCUGUGAUGCCUUUAUUUUCUGCUUGAACCAAGCUUCAAUCAAUGGCAGAUUCUUAUGUGCUAGCUCCUUCGUUUCAUCUGUGGAAAUCGCAGAGUACUACCAAGAAAAUCACCCAGAAUUCCCUAUAAAACAAGAGUACUUAGAAGGAACAAAGAGGGAGGUCCAGUGGGGAUCCACCAGACUCAUGGAGAAAGGAUUCGAAUACAGAUGUGAUACAAAGAUGAUAUUAGAUGAUUGUGUGAGGUGUGCGAGGAGGACUGGCUAUCUCCAAAAGUAAUUUUAUCUUUUUUCAGCUUUAGAUUUUUCUUUUUCGAAGUUUAGAAGGCAGAUUUUCGGUUCAAUUUGUGCACACCAAACUAUGUUUGAUCAUAUACUCAUGUCCUGAGACUAUUUUUUUUGUUUCACCAAUAUGAGGUUGACUGGAAUCGAUGCUUAAAUUCUUCUUCCAUAUUCAAUACAGUUUGAUCUGUUCU